UUGUGGACUUCAUUGUUGGAUGUUCCAGUUCUACAUUUCACCCAUUGAGUAAUUAUUUGGAUUACAUGAAGUAUAAACCAAAUGGGGACAUAAAUAGGAUACUAUGUUUUUUGCGAAUGACAUGUAUCAUUUCAUCAUGUAUGAUCUCUCUACUUUCUUUCAACCUAAUCAUCAUUGAGCGUCUCGUUAGAACAAUCUUAGCACAAUCGUACCAGAAACUAUUUUCACGGAGAAAGACAUUAAUUUAUAUCACAGUUCUUUGGAUAUAUGGUAUAUCAGGAGUGCUUGGUCCAAUGGCUUUGGGAGGAUACACUUGGGCCCCAGACAAUCCUUGUAGGAUCCAAUUAGUCAUCACAGAGCCACUUAAGAAUUUCUUACAAUUUAACGCUGGCGUACUGUUGCUCCUAAAUUGUAGCUUACUGACCACAGUUUUCAUAUAUAUCAAAAGAUCUAAAAGGAAAAUUCACACACUGCAGUCGAAUAAUAUACCACUAAAAACAAUGAAAAAUAAUGACUUGAGUAUUGAUAUAGAUAAAGAUGGAAUUGAUUCAAUUAAAACAAUUGAUAGACCUUCACAAGGACAAGCAUGUUGCUCAAAUACUGGAAUGACGAAACAGGAAAUUACAAGUCAGAAAAUCAGGAAUAAAGUUGGUCUAAAUGAUGAUGAACAGGAUAAUUUGAGUGAGCUUAUCAACACACAACUUCAAACAGGUAAACAAGAAAACACCUCAUUAAAUGAUGACAAAAAUAUGGAAAACAAUGCUUAUGAAGAACGAAAUUCACCCCAAAAAUUAGAAAAAAACAAAACAAAAUUUUUGGAUAUAAAUGGGGUUACAUUAGGUGAAAACAAGAAUAACUGUCAUGGAAUCAAAACUAGUUCCAUGCCAGAAAAAGAUCUACUUGAGCCAAGACUUACCAAAACAGUAUUCAUGAUUGACUUCAUAAGUGUUCUAUGUUUCUUACAAUAUCUCGUCAUAUUCUCGCUUGUAGAAAGCGAUUCAAGAGGACGGUCAUUAAACACAUGGAGUCUAGUAGUACCACAUGUAUCAAGCUAUAUUGUCGUAGGAAACUCCUUUAUAAACCCUUUUAUUUAUGCCU